AUGCCCCUGCGCCGCUUCACCUCCUCGUCGAGGCGGCUCCUCGCGCCGCCCAUCCAAACGGCGCCCUUCAAAUACCUCCUCAUCGUCCCCGUCGUGCUCUCCGUCGCCACCUUUGCCGCGCUCUUCGCCAGCUCCGACGUCGACAUCGCCCUGCUCUGGUCGCAAUGCAACGCCCACGCGCGCAUCCCGGGCCUCAGCCACAUCCCGCUGCUGGGCACGCCGGCCUGCUUCCUCGUCAGCUUCUUCCACAGCGCGCUCGACUCGCUGCGGUCCAGGGCCGUCAUGGGCGUCAUUCUGGCCUACGUCGGCGCGCUGGCCACGGUGUGCACCGUCGAGUCGGCCAGGCGCUGCAACAGGCCCAGCGCGCUGAUUGCGAAGCCCACACUGUGGUGGCUGGUGUUCAACCUGCUGGGCGGCGCCAUGGUCUGGCAGCUGGUGAUUGUGCCGGCGUUUCUGCACAGGGCCAAGGCGCUGGUGUUGGCGGCGCAGGCGGGCGAGGAUGGCGGCCGUGAUGAGGACGAGACCGGCGUGUCUGCGGACUCUGAUGCCCUCAAUGCCAAGGAGCAGGGCCGCACGCUUCCCGACUCCGAGGCGGUGGCCAUCCCCAUCGCCGUUGCGGUUGGCUACUACCUCCCGUCCGUUCUCAUGCUGGUGUACAACUCUCCGGUCGUCAUCACCAUCUGGCUCUUCUUCCCGGCCUACGUCUCGCUCGUGCGUCAGGGCGUGCGCUACAUUAUCCAGAGGAUACGCCGCGUUGGGCCUACAGACAUCCAUCACGAGUCGCACUGGCAGAGCGUGGCCCUUGUUUACACGCUGCCCAUCGUCCUCUCCAUUGCGGCGCACCUGUUUGUCCUUUGGAAUCUUGCUCAGCGUGAUGACCGCAAGGAGCUGACCAAGCUGACGGUGAGCUUCAUCGAGAUCGACUUCCAGUUCAUUGCCUGGACCGUCUUGUAUUGGGUUUUUGUCGAGGUAGGGUGGCGGGUGCCGCUCAGCAUGAUUGCGAUUUCGAUCCUGGCCGGGCCUGGCGCGGGAACUUGCUUGGGGUGGUUGCAUCGUGAGACGCUGCUCAAGGAGGGCUUUGCAGGGCGCUCUGAUGGGUCUUCUGUUGAUGAUGAGCGUGGUGUAGGCGAAGAGGAACCACUCCUGAGAUGA